AUGCGUCGCCUCAUCGUCGCCUUGCUCGUCGCCGUCGCCUGGAGCUUCGGCGGUCCCGCGAAGCCCUACCCCACGGGCGCCUACGACGCGUCGUCGGCCCGGGCCUACUUCGGCCGCCGCCCGCUCCGCGUCGCCGCGCGGUCGCUGGAGAUCCUGUGGCGGUCGGCGGGCUUCGGCGCGGCGCUCGCCGGCGACGCCCUCGCCGGCGACGGCCCCGCGGGCCCGCGGGCGGACGACCGCGGCCGCGAGCUCACGGACCUGCUCGUCGCGCUCGGCCCGGCGUUCAUCAAGAUCGGCCAGAGCGCGUCCGUGCGCUCGGACCUGCUGCCGCCGCCCUACGUCAAGGCGCUGACGCUCCUGCAAGAGGACGUCCCGGCGUUCGCGUCGGCGGAGGCGCGCGCGAUCAUCGCCGCGGAGCUCGGGUCCGCGGCGUCGAAGCUCCGCGACGUCUCGCCGGAGCCCGUCGCCGCCGCGUCGCUGGGCCAGGUGCACCGCGCGACGUGGGACGGGCGGCCGGUCGCCGUCAAGGUCCAGCGGCCCGACGUCGAGGACCGCGUGGCGCUCGACAUGUACCUCGUGCGCGAGUUCGCGGCGCCGCUGGCGGCGAGCCUCGGCGCGCCCGGCGACGUCGUCGGCAUCGCCGACGCCUGGGGCGCCGGGUUGGUGGGCGAGCUCGACUACGAGGCCGAGGGCGCGAACGCGGCCGCGUUCGGCGAGAAGCUCGCGGCGUCGUCGCUCGACGGGCGGGUCUUCGCGCCGGCGGUCGUCGCCGACGCGACGAGCCGCCGCGUACUCACGACGGAGUGGGUCGACGGCGAGCGCCUCGACGAGACGGGCGCGCGCGACGACGUGCCGAGGCUCGCGAGUUUGGCGAUGAACAGCUACAUGUGGAUGAUGCUCGACUCCGGGCUCCUCCACUGCGACCCGCACCCCGGGAACCUGCUCCGGGCGCCGGACGGGCGCCUGUGCAUCCUCGACUGGGGGUUGGUGACACAGCUCGACGAGGACCUGCGGCUGACGCUCAUCGAGCACGUCGCGCACCUCGUGGCGCGGGACUACGCCAAGGUCCCCGGGGACCUCGUGCGCCUCGGCUUCGUGCCCGAGGGCGGCGAGGACGCCGCGGCGGACGCGGGCGUCGUCGACCUGCUCACGCGGGCGUACUCGAAGCGCGCGGAGGGCGGCGGCUUCGCGAACUUCGACGUCCCCGGGUUGAUCGACGAGCUCCGGGGCCUCUCGGCGGACGCGGGCGCGGCCAUCUUCCAGAUCCCGCCCUACUUUGCGUACAUAGCCAAAGCCUUCGCGACGCUCGAGGGCAUCGGCUUGGGCGUCGACCCGGACUACUCGAUCCUCAACGACACGCUGCCCUACAUCUCCGAAAGGAUGCUCUCCGACCCGUCGCCGCGCGCGGCGGGCGCGCUCUCGACCUUCGUCUUCGGCGCGGCCAAGGACGACGCGCGCGCGCGCGUCCUCGACGCGGACCGCGUCGGCUCGCUCCUCGACGGCGCGCGCCGCUACGCGUCGACGGACGUCGCGGUCGGCGGCGGCGGCGCGGAGCGCGCGGCCGACGCGAUCCUCGAUCUCCUGAAGGACGACACGCCGGCGUCGCGCCUCGUCGUCGAGCAGGUCGCGCUCGCACUCGGCGCGCGGACCCGGCGGCUCUGGGCCGACGCGCGCCGGCGCUCGGGCGGCGCCGGCGGCGACCGGUCGGUGCUCGGGUCCUUGGUGGACCCGCUGGGGCUCUUCCGCGGGUCGAAGCUCGUCACGGAGGACGACCGCGACGCCGCGGCGCUCGACGCGGCCGCGAAACUCGCGGCGCUCGCGUCCGAGCUCCUCGGCGACGCCGGCGGCGAUCCCGCGGACCAGCGCGCGCUCGCGUCGGCGCUCGCUUCGCGCCUGUGGGCGCGCCGCGAGGACCUCUCCGUCGUGACGAGGCGCGUCGCCGCGGAGUCCGCGCGGCAGACCGCGGACCGGCUCCGGAUAAAAUAA